AUGAUGGAAGCAUAUAUUCUGUACUCCGCUCUUGCAGGCUUGGCACUUCUGCCAGUGUUGCUUUACUGGAGAAAUCCUUAUUUCUUUCAAGAUUUAAGUUUCACAAUUGCUUCAAUUAAAAUUGGUAUAAGGAUGAGCAAAGUGAAGAGGCAGAAACCCUUCUACAGUAUUUUGGAUUGUUUUCUGGACAAAGUGGUGAAGCAGCCGGACAAGAAGUUCCUCGUGUUCGAGGACAGCUCCUACACUUACAGCCAAGCAGACAAGGAGAGCAACAAGGUGGCCAGGGCUCUGUCCACGCAGGCCGGCCUGCAGGAGGGGGACACGGUGGCUCUCUUCCUUGGCAACGAUCCGCAGUUUGUGUGGAUGUGGCUCGCACUGUCCAAGUUGGGAUGCAAAGCUUCUUUAUUGAACCACAACAUCAGAUCCAAAUCUUUGCUGCACUGCUUCUCGUGCUGUGACGCCACGGUGCUGGUCGCUGGUGCCGACCUGCGGGAGGCUGUAGAGGAGGUGUUGCCCAGCUUGACCCAGCAGGGCGUCCGUGUGUUCAUCCUCAGCGAGGUCUGUGAUGUGGAGGGCAUCGAAAGCCUCUCUGUUCACAUUCAGCAGGCCUCAGACCAGCCUCUGUCACCUGAGCUGAGGGCCAACGUUACCCUUAAGAGUCCCGCGCUGUACAUCUACACCUCAGGAACCACAGGGCUUCCCAAGGCAGCUGUGAUCAACCAGGAGAGGGUAUGGAUGUCAUCUUUCUGUCAGGCCAUCUCAGGCGUACGCUCAGACGAUGUCCUCUUCGUGUACCUGCCUCUCUACCACACUGCUGGAUUUCUGAUGGGACUUUGUGGAGCCAUAGAAAGAGGCAUCACUGUUGUUUUAAGACGGAAAUUCUCCGCCUCCCAAUUCUGGAACGACUGCAGAAAGUACGACGUGACUGUUGUUCAGUACAUAGGAGAAGUGAUGCGCUACCUGUGCAACACACCUGAGAGAGACAAUGACAGAGAUCAUCAGGUCCGAUUGGCUUUGGGGAACGGGAUAAGGACCGACACCUGGGUGAAUUUCCUGCAGCGAUUCGGGGACAUUCGUAUCUGUGAGUGCUACGGAGCGACAGAAGGAAAUGUUGGCUUUGUCAACUACUGUGGCAAAGUUGGAGCUAUUGGCAAAGAGCAUUUUCUCCACAAAAUGGCAUAUAAUUAUGCCCUCAUCAGGUACGACACAGAGAAAGAGGAGCCGGUCAAAGACUCCAGAGGAUUUUGUAUUAAAGUGCCCGCUGGAGAGACCGGUUUGCUGGUGGCGAGGAUCGGAGAAAGUACACCUUUCAGCGGCUACGCCAAGAACAGUCAGCAGACAGAGAAGAAGAAGGUGAGAGAUGUGUUUGUGAAGGGAGACCUCUACUUCAACAGCGGCGACCUCCUAAAGAUAGACAGCGAGGGAUUCAUCUUCUUUCAAGACCGCAUUGGAGACACGUUCAGGUGGAAAGGAGAAAACGUGGCGACCACAGAGGUGGCCGAUCAUUUGCUGACGAUAGACUGCGUCGAGGAGGCUAAUGUCUACGGCGUGAAGGUGCCAGGACACGAGGGACGAAUUGGAAUGGCAGCAGUGAAGCUGAAAGAAAACAUGGACUUUGACAGCAACGCUGCGUAUCAGUACGUCAAGAACUGCCUCCCCAGCUACGCAAGACCAUGCUUCAUUCGCAUACAGGGCGCACUGGUAGUAACUGGGACGUUUAAGCAAAUGAAGGUGAAGCUGGCAGAGGAGGGCUUCAACCCUGACGCCAUCAAGGACCCUUUGUUUUACCUGCAGGACAACAAGGGCUACGCACCCAUGACUCAGCAGAUAUUCGACUCCAUCGCAGAGGGAAGAAUCAGACUCUGAACGAGUUCAAACUGGAUUGUCAAGUUCAAAUG